ACAUACGUAUUGUAGUAAAUGAUAGAAUGUAGUCGAUACCGGCCGGGCCCGGCGUUUGUAGUGGCCGAACAGGACUGUGUUAGGAUAGCUGACCUAUAUCUUGUACAGGUAUUUACAGGUGACAGGAGGUCAACACACAUUUAGUCAUAAUCCUCGCUACUGUAUCAUUAACAAGCAUGGCGGACUCUCCCGUGGUACUAGCUGUAGAUGGCAGUGACCAUGCUGACUACGCCUUCGACUGGUACAUGAAGAAUUUCUACAAGCCUGAGCAAAAGAUAAUCCUGCUACAUUGCCCGGAAUUAUAUCUCAACGACUUUAACAUGAGUCCUGGUCGGGUAUCAGAAUUACAGCGGGAGGUCGCAGAAAACACCAACGCUUUACAACAAAAAUGGUUAGCAAAGACCUCGGCCGCCGGCAUACAGGCUGAAUUUAAGGUGGAAUACUCACACAAACCGGGCCACGCUAUUGUAGAUGUAGCCAAUCGGGCAGGAGCAGGCUGCAUAGUGACAGGCACGCGAGGACUCGGGAAAGUUCGGCGUACAUUUCUCGGCAGCGUCAGCGAUCACGUGAUUCAUCACGCCCAAUGCCCCGUUCUAGUCUGUCGUAACUAAGGCUAUACAAGAUGGAUGAUAAUAUUGUGAAUCCCACCACAGUUCCAUACAACAUAACAAUAUGUAUAAACUUUUAUCCUCUCAAAUAUUUCAUGUAAUGGAAAUGCACGCGUAUCCAAGUUCUACAAAUACUGGUGACUACCCUGUGUAAGAGGAAAACAUGACACGUUUAACUCCAGGUAGCAAAAGAUGCGACGUCUUGUCAGGUUCAUUUGCAUAUUUGAAACCCCAUUAAAUCAAACUCGUAUAUUUCAUAAUAAGUAAAAUAUAUCAAUGCA